AUGAAAGAAGCUCACGUCGACGCUGACACCAAUGUCACACUUCACGAUGUACCAAUACCAGAACUGAACGAUCCACACCAGAUUCUGAUCAAAGUCAUUGUAGCAGGAUGCAAUCCAAAGGACUGGAAAAUGCCUGCCGGAAUGCUUGUCACAAUUGGUUUAUGUGACAACAGCGGCGAUGAUGUAGCAGGCAUCGUCUAUGCUGUUGGCUCUGAUGUCCGUGAGUUCCGACCUGGCGAUCGCGUUGCCGCACUACAUCAACUCGGUGCUCCGCACGGAACGUACGCUGAAAUGGCCCUCGUCUGGGAUCAUACGACUUUCCAUAUUGGCGACCGUUCGUUCGAAGAAGCCGCUGCAAUGCCAAUGGCAUAUUAUAUGGCAUCUAUCGGCCUUUUCGGGAUGUUAAGAUUGCCGAUGAUGUGGCAACGUCCUCAUGGUGAAGAGAGAUCAAUGCCGCUGGUCAUAUACGGCGCCUCGGGAGCGGUGGGCUCUGCUGCGGUCCAGCUCGCUAUGAAUGCAGGCUUCCAUCCUUUGGUUUGUAUUGCGGGAGGAUCGGGACCGUCUGUGGUGCAGCCGCUCAUCGAUAGCAGCAAAGGUGAUGUGGUUCUGGACUACCGAGAGGGAUCCGAAAGGCUCGUCGAGAACAUGAAAGCUGCUCUUGGCAGGCAUGAGCUACAUCACGCCUUCGACUGUGUGAGCGAGAAGGGGUCUUCAGCAAAUAUAUGCCGCGUGCUUCAGCCAGGAGGACAGAUAAGUCUGGUCUUGCCAUCACGUGUAAGAGACGUCCCGUCCGGCUUCGAGGUUACCACGACCAUGGCUGGCAAUCUUUGGCCCGGCUUCAAGAACAAAAGUGACACGCAUGGAGCGAUGAGUUUGGCAGGAGGGAUAGAGUUUGGACAUUGUUACUCCAGGCUGCUUGGCUAUUGGUUCAGUGAGAGGAAGUUACGCGUUCAUAGUCCUGAGGUGGUCGAAGGUGGCCUGCUCGGGGUAGAGAAGGCACUGAAGGAUCUCAGGGAGGGAAGGAAUCAUGGAGUCAAGUACGUCGUUCGCGUCCGAGACACGCCUGGGCUGGAGUGA